GGGCGGAUCUUAACGAGAACACGACUCGCCUUGUUGUGUGUAUUCCCGUGCUCGCAUCGCCAUCUUGUUGCAAUCCUAUUUUUUACGUAUGCGAGGAUCUACUUUGCGUUCAGCCGGAUUAGAAAUUGCCCUUGUGCUAUUCAGGAGAGACACAUGCGCUCCGUCCUGCGGGUGUGAACCGUGCACACGGCUUUUCGUAGCGGGAUACUACACACCCCCUCUUCGGUAUUUUUCCUCUUUCUGUCCCGGGCCACCGGGUUGCCUGCCGUGAGGGUUUUUACGCGCAAUGAGCAUCGACAUACUUUUGGAGGCGGCCAGAUAUCUGGAAUGGCAAGCCCAGCAACAACAGAUCGCACGUGAAGAGGAGCAGCGCAAAGAGAAGGAGCUCAUAAGCAGGGAGACAGAGUCGAGGCGCGUGGAACUCGUGACCGCAACGUCUCAGACAGUCCGAACCAACCACAUCAACUGGGGCGAUGACGCCCGCCACCAACAGCCGCACCACCCUCUCAUCCCUCCGCCCCCCUCUCUCCCGCCUCCCCACGUCCCCAUCACCGUCAUCCCAAUGGUCCCGGUUGUUACUGCGACGCCCUCAGUCCCCACCCUUCCACUCACAGCGGCGGUUGCCUCUGCAGCGACCUCGCUCAAAAGUUUACCGCCAGCCAAGAACACUUCCUCCCCUCCACAGCAGCAGCAGCAUCAUCAUCAGCAGCAGCAGCAUCAACAGCAGCAGCAGCAGGCCUCCUGUCACCUGUUGUGCGCCCCCCAGAUAAAAGUCGAGGCGAGUCCGCAGCUGAUUAGUGUAAAGCCCAGCCAAUCGCAGCCUCAGGUUAAAAUUCAGUACCCAGCCUCCAUCAGCACCAACGGCUCAGGCGCUCAGCAUACAUUGGUCACUCAUCAAGCUCCACCCAUAUCUCAGCCACGGACAAAUGGAGUGUCUGUGGAAGACAUGAGGGCGAUGGAGGGGAAGAGGAGACCAGGAGGAGCGGGGACCAGAGAAGUCCAUAAUAAACUGGAGAAGAACAGGCCCUCCAGGCGAGCACACCUCAAAGAGUGUUUCGAAAUGCUGAAGAAGAAUGUUCCAAAUGUUGAUGAGAAAAAAACCUCCAACCUCAGUGUCCUCCGCAGCGCUUUGCGUUACAUACAGACCCUGAAGCGCAAGGAGAAGGAGUACGAGCACGAGAUGGAGCGCUUGGCUCGCGAGAAGAUCGCCUCGCAGCAGCGGCUGUCCGAGCUGAAGAACGAGCUCGGCCAGUGCAUGGACGUCAUGGAGAUCGACAGAGUUCUGCGGCAGACCAUCCAGCCAGAAGACGACCAGGCGUCCACGUCCACCGCCUCAGAAGGAGAAGACAACUUUGAGCAAGACAUGGACGAGGACGUCACCCCCGCUCCGACGCCCCCACCGAAACCCAAACCUCCCAUCCUACACGCUCAGCCACUCCUCACCUCCCACCUGUCCAUCCAGCACGCUGCCCUGCCCAUCUCCGGGGUUCUGACCACGCCGACGCCCUCCGGUCCGCCUCCCCCUCAAGCCAUCGCCCCGGCUCCGGCGCCGGGCCCGCCCCCUCCGCCUCAUCCCAUCCAGACCCCGACCGUGCAGGUGCAGCCCACCGUCAUCGCUCACGCCGUCUCCCACCCGUCAGUCAUCCAGGCUGUCAAUCACGCACUUCCCGCCAAUCACAAGCACCUGACACACAUCGCCCCGUCGCCCGGCCCGACGUCCUCUGCCCCUCAGCCGAUCACGGUGGCGGCAGCCGCCGCCGCCACUCACCAGCAGAUCGCCGCGCAGCCCAUCGGACACAUCAUCACUCACCUGGGAGGUCCACUUCCAUCCCACCUCCCGACUCUUUACCCCCAGGGAGUGUCCGUCUCCCAGCCCACCAUGGUGGGCCACAUCACUCACACGUUCACCCACCACACUCUUCCACACGUGCAGGCAAACCCCCAAGCUAACACUAACGGGGGCCAGGUGAACAGCGCGGCCGUGGUGAGCCAGGGAAACCCGUCGCUAGGGAAACCGACGGCGGUGCUCGCACCUCACCCCCAGCUGGUCGGACAGGCUGCUGUCCUCAACCCGGUCACCAUGGUUACAGUACCAACCUUUCCCGUCAGUACACUCAAACUUGCCUAAAAAAUAACAAUAACAACAAUAAUAAUAAUAAUAAUAAUAAUAAUUAAAAAAGAAAGAAGCUGGGAUGGACUGAAUGAGCAAAAGGUUCAGAACAUUCUGACGAGUCUUUACACGCUGAUCAAUAAUCGAUUGAGAAUCUCUCACAGACUUGCUUGUGGAGAAAUAUCCUCCUGAUAUUUAGGUCACAGCUCUGAUUAGUGUGUGGAGAAUAACAUUAAACGCAGAGUCAGUGGGUCCGGCCAUUGUUCAUGAAAAUAAGACUGUGACAUUUGUCUUUGCUGCAAAGACAGGAACUCUGUGUUCCCUUCCUCCCUUCCUUGCCUUCUCCUCUCCUUCCUUCCUUCCUUCCUUCCUUCCCUUCUCUCCUAUCUUUUACAACCAGAAGCACUAACAUAAUAAGCUCACACUCAGGCAUCAAGGAUUUACCUUAAUUAUUCAUUCAUCUAACUGAGGGCAGGAAAACACAAGAGAGUAGUUUGUCCUUAGGCUGUUGUCGUGGUGACGCGGCGGCGACACGUGCCCUUUUUGUAUCCAUGUAGCCACAAAGUUGUUGCCGGGGAAUGACGUCACUGGUGUGUUUAAGAGCAAAGGCGACCGCAUCACAUCGUCUGAUAAACGGAGCUUAAGCAGUGAUACCGAGCGACACGUUUACCCUUUUAUUUGGUUCCACUGUUCUGACGUUAAAUUUCAAAAUGGAAUGCGCCCACCUCCAAAAAAUGGGUUUUAAAGGUGAAGAAUCAGAAGCAGGAUAGCUGCAUGUUGCCUCGACAGACAACUGGACGUCUGCCUGUUGUUUCCUUGUAGGAAACCCCCAAACUGCAGAGUCAGCAGCGGUCCUGACACGGAGUAGAAAUCAGUGGGAAAAUUUCCAUGUGUCUUUGAGUCGAUCCCAACGAAUAAAAACCGCUUGGUCAGAAUCAAAUCUGAGCUUUUUGAACCCAAGGGCUUUUGGAAAACAUUGCUAAUGUUAAAGUUAUGUGUUGCCCUGAUGUGGUUAUACUGCAAGUCAUUCUCUCAAUGUAUCUGUUUUUUUACAUUGGCUUUUUAUGAAUUUUGUUUUUGUUUUUUUUGGUUCAAUUAGCAAUUCUCAUGAAUGUGUGGACAGGUCAUCACAAAUGCUUUAAACAAAAUGAUUUUAGAGCAGAAACGAUCUCGAUCUCGACUCUGCAGCGACCGCUCUCAGAAUACUCAGCUGUCAUCGGUUGCUGUCUUUUCUUUUUUUUUAAAAAACAAAAUAGGAGAAUACAGGUUUCCAUCACUCUAAUGCAACAGCUCCCUCUACUGCCUCAUCCUGCACGUCAUACUGAUGUCACUCAAACUUCCCGCAUCUGGAAACAAACAAUUUGAGAGGAAAACUUUAUCUCUGUGAAGAGAGAGAGAGAGAUGGGGGUGGGGUGGGGGGUGCUUAUCAUUUAAAACCUCAAGAGUUUUCUCACUUAAAGCUCUAAAGAAUGUUUUGCAGCACACACCACACACAACUAUUUUUUUUAAAAAAGUGAAACGGAUAAAAAACACCCACAUUAUCUGUUUCUAAAUGUGGACAUUUUCCCCCCGUGUUUUGUUAGCUCAUGGUUUCCCGGCCUCCUCCUCCUUCUUCAUGUUAUACACACGUCCCCCCCGCGCGCUGUUUCUGUACGUCCUGUCCUGUCCGUGAGUGUACUCGAAAAUGUUUUUUUUAUAUUCUAUACUAUAGUUAAUCCUACUGUACCUGUAGCAUGGCUGUUGUUCUCUCUUGUUUAUUCAGUUUGCCCUGUGCAUGUGUGUGUUUAUAUCUUUGUGAGGUCCAAAAACCUAUCUUUGAGAGGACAUUUUGACCUUGUGGGAACAUUAUGUCUAGAAUUGGGUUUAGGUUAGGGUUCGGCACUUAAGUUUAAGGUAAGGGGUCUAUGACGUGUCCUCACUAAGAUAUAAAAAACGAAUGUGUGUGUGUGUGUGUGCGCGUGCGUAUAUGGUGAGCAAGUUAUUUUUUUACACAGAGGUGAUCUAUGGUAUGAACCCGCUCGGGGUGCUACGGUGUGUGCCUAAACUCCGUUUUCCUGAACACUGUGACAACUCCGGCGAAACACAAACACACACACACACACUGAGCGAAUGAAAGAUUUUACAGUCCUAUAAAUGUGUGUUUUUGUUUAUGUUAGGUUUAUGUUUUUCCACUUUGUGUGUGUGUGUGUGUGAGAGAGAGCGUUUGUGUGACAUUGCGUGAGGAAAAAGGAAACGAAAAAAACAAAAAAAGCCGUCGCUCUUUUAUCAAUAACAAUGUCUAAUAUUCAAUUAAGAGUUUUUGUAAUAUUUGUGUGUGUGUGUGUGUGUGUGUGUAUGGAAGUUUUGUAAAUUUGUGAUUGUAUGCACGUUUCUUUGGCAUAUGAGUGUAUGUAUCUUUGAAAUUGAAAUGCUUGUUUAUUUGUUGUUGGGUUUUUUUUGCAUGUAGAUUGCCGUUUAGUUUUGUUUUGUUUAAAAAAAAAAUUGCUUUUGUUUUCAUGUUUAUUUCUGGGACCAUGUACAAUACUGUAUAACGUGGGCAAGGAUCUUGGACCUCAUGCUACAUUGAUAUUAUAUAUGAAUAUAAGAACAUGUUUUCCCUAUGGAGAAAGUUUUAAGUUAUAUAUCGCCUGUACACUUUGGGCUGCCUUUAAGAUCUAACUGUCCACUGUUUAAAGAUAACAAUGAUGAUAAUGGAUGAAAAAAACAAACAAAAAAAACAUAUUAAUGAAGAAUUAUGCUGAUGAAAUAAUAAAGAUUCUUAAUAAAUCUUAUUACAUUUACAACACAA